CAGAGAAACAGAGAAAAAGAGAAACAGAAACAGAGAGAGAAGGAGAGCAAGUGAAAGAGGGGACAGAGGGAUUGAAAGCUAUUGUAGAAGGAAGAGGAGACUUUGUUGGCUGUGUUGGAUCAGCAGCAGCUGUUGGAUAUUCCUGUCUUCCUGUCUGCGGUGGCGGGUUGAAGAUCCAGACCAACAGAGAGGAGAGAUGGAGAGGUCCAGGAUGAGGACCAACAGAAGAGCUUCCCUCCCCCCCAGCAGCACCCUGGGCCAAGGCUAGGAGCACCCACAGACCAGCCUCCCUCCCCAGCAGCACCCUGGGCCAGCACUAGGAGGACCCACAGACCAGCUUCCCUACCCAGCAGCACCCUGGGCCAGCACUAGGAGGACCCACAGACCAGCUUCCCUCCCCAGCAGCACCCUGGGCCAGCACUAGGAGGACCCACAGACCAGCUUCCCUCCCCAGCAGCACCCUGGGCCAGCACUAGGAGCUCCACAGACCAGCUUCUCUCCCCAGCAGCACCCUGGGCCAGCACUAGGAGGACCCACAGACCAGCCUCCCUCCCCAGCAGCACCCUGGGCCAGCACUAGGAGGACCCACAGACCAGCUUCCCUCCCCAGCAGCACCCUGGGCCAGCACUAGGAGGACCCACAGACCAGCUUCCCUCCCCAGCAGCACCCUGGGCCAGCACUAGGAGGACCCACAGACCAGCUUCCCUCCCCAGCAGCACCCUGGGCCAGCACUAGGAGCUCCACAGACCAGCUUCUCUCCCCAGCAGCACCCUGGGCCAGCACUAGGAGGACCCACAGACCAGCUUCCCUCCCCAGCAGCACCCUGGGCCAGCACUAGGAGGACCCACAGACCAGCUUCUCUCCCCAGCAGCACCCUGGGCCAGCACUAGGAGGACCCACAGACCAGCUUCCCUCCCCAGCAGCACACUGGGCCAGCACUAGGAGCUCCACAGACCAGCCUCCCUCCCCCAGCAGCACCCUGGGCCAGCACUAGGAGCUCCACAGACCAGCCUCCCUCCCCCAGCAGCACCCUGGGCCAGCACUAGGAGCUCCACAGACCAGCCUCCCUCCCCCAGCAGCACCCUGGGCCAGCACUAGGAGCUCCACAGACCAGCCUCCCUCCCCCAGCAGCACCCUGGGCCAGCACUAGGAGCUCCACACCAACACCCAUUGCUAACCCCAACACAUUUUCUACUCAAAUACUUCUACCAGCCCUCCCUGGCCCCAGUAUGUGGCCCCCAGCCCCCCUUUCUCCCCCCUCAGGGCUACUGCUGUUGCUGGUCUUCUGCCCCCUAGUGGUGGUAGUGCAGGCCAGCAGCAGUAAGGCGGAGAGCGGACACGGCACUCACCAUGGAGACACAGACCCACACCGCUGUAUGAGGCAUCACUUCGUGGAGACCAUCACACACUCCAUCUACAAGUGCAACUCCAAGAUGGUGUUGCUGGCUCGGUGUGAGGGCCACUGCAGCUACACGUCGCGCUCCGACCCUCUCAUCUCCUUCAGCUCGGUGUUGAAGCAGCCCUUCAAGAGUACCUGUUUCUGCUGCAAGCCCCACACCUCCAAGCUGAAGGCUGUGAGGCUCCGCUGCGCCGGAGGAGCCCGCAUCACCGCAACCUACCGCUACAUCCUAGCCUGCAACUGUGAGGAGUGCAGCUGAGCAGAGUCCCAACGACUAUUGGCCUUUUAGAACCGUGUUCUUGGGGACGGGAGAGUGGGGGAUUUCUGAACCAUGCAAUAAUAAUAAUAAUGGAUUUAUAUAGCGCAUUUCUACCCACUGAGAUACUCAAAGCGCUUUACAUAGUAACUCACCUCAUCCACCACCAAUGUGUGGCACCCACCUGGAGGAAUGUACAAUUUCAUGGUUCUACAUGUGUUUCUAGACCUGACUGAGAAGUCAGUCAUGAGAACCUUCAUUCUUCUUGACUUUGUCAAUCCUCUAAAUUCACCACCUAUCUGUCUGGACCAAGAUUCACCUGAGCUCCUGUUCCUCAUCCAGUGGCUCAGUCACCAACCUGAGCCCCAUUAGGAACCCUGAUCCCCAAUUCUGUGUGUCUAGAACCAAGGGAACACUCGGCUCCUCAAGGAUCCCAGAAGGAGCCAUUUCUGCUAAUCCAUCCAGGGUAGAUGAGAUUUCCCAGAUCCAAUAGAAUCUCCCCCAUGAGUUCAGACCCAAAAUAAACUUUUUUCGGUUUCAGCCAAACUCUCAGCACUCAUUACAAGCAACAAUAACACAUAUGCAUGUGCAUAGACUCGUAUUCAAUCACACAUCCCCUCUCUAAUUACACACACCCUCUCCCCACUCUCACCACUAAUUACAUGCAUCAAUAAAGUUAUGGUGCCGACAUCAUAAAAACCCAACAACACAACAUGCGCCAUUAAAAGCAGCAUGGGACAGAGUAGGCCGUGUAUCCCUAUGAGAUACAUGUGUAUUAACUGUGGUUAACUACACCUUCACCCUGUCUCCUAGCCAGACCAUAAACAUUUAACACACUCCACCAGCUUUUCAUCUAUCUGUGUAAAACAUGACAAACCCUGGCAGGCCAUAUCACCAGCUGAUGUACUCUCAGAGGAAAGACUCUUACACCAUGACUGCUUUGGCCCUAGCCAGAGGACUAUAACGCAAAAUGCAUCAGAGUGCAAAAGUGGAGUUUCCGGAGGGACAUUCUGUUGAUGGGCGGGCUAGACACUAUGGUUGGGAGAUACAGUGAUGGGAAGCCAUUUUGCGGAGUGGUAUAUGGACUCUAAAGAAAAAUGGUCAGUCAAUGCUCUGUGCAACUGACGAUAUGGUGGUUGUUAUUGUUGAAACUAUUAAUAUUAUUAUCGUGCCAGAGUUUAUGAUUACUGACACAUGUUUUGCUAUCAUUAAGUACUUCACUAAUUAUGUAAUUUCAAUACUGAGAUACUUUGAGAAUAGAAUCUAUGUGUUACAGCUUGUGCUGCUCACCAGUCACAAUUCAAAUACAUUCUUUUGACUUACUCUGGGUGUGUGCAUGUUACCGCUUUAGUGCAUUUAAGACAGUCCCAAACCAUUGCAUUUAUGAGGAGUCAGGUACUAUAUCUAUCUACCAGAUGAAGCUAUGGGGAGAGGUUUCCAUUUUGGAAUAGAGUGGAAUGGUGUUAAGAUAAUGUUGGACAAAACAAAGACCUCAGAGUCCCACAGAAGUGAUGACUGAAGUGCUUCGAACUCCUGUCGAGAAAGAGAUCACAGACACAGACACAGACACAGACACAGACACAGACACACACACACACACACACACACACACACACACACACACACACACACACACACACACACACACACACACGCACACACGCCUUUGUUCUUAGCUAUGGCCUCUAACUGUACCAUCCUCUAGGAAAUCAUACCAUUUCCUGGUCUGACUUUUUAAUGCAGAUCACCGCUGACAGUGCGAUUGGCUGCUUCACAUGUCAACCUAAUAAACACUCUUCCUUUUGUUUCUGGAGAUUGAUUUUUCCCUCA